CCGUAUGGUUAUUGUUCCCAUUGAUGACAGAAGUCUGACGAGGAGACACUUCAAUGGUCUCUGGAUCUAAAUAAUUUGCUUUGGCACAAUGAAACCAUGGAGAAGACUAACUUUAUUUCUCUUAUUUCUGUUCGUCAUUGUCAUGCCAACCUGUCGGUGUGCUCAUACAAAGUACGCCCAGAGGCUCCUGACUGAUCUGAUGGCCAACUAUACCAGUGCCCUGAGGCCUGUGGAGGACACAAACACCAUCCUGAAUGUAACCCUUCAGGUCACUCUGUCACAGAUAAUCGACAUGGAUGAGCGAAACCAAAUUUUGACUGCUUAUUUGUGGAUUCGGCAAGUUUGGUAUGAUGCUCACCUCAAAUGGAAGAAAGAAGAUUAUGAUGGACUAGAUACCAUUCGCAUACCUGGUAGUUACGUAUGGAGACCUGAUAUAGUUCUAUAUAACAGUGCUGAUAAUCAUUUCACCGGUCCUAUGGACACCAAUGUGGUAAUCCGGCACGAUGGCCAGAUGAUGUGGGAUUCCCCCGCUAUCACCAAGAGCUCCUGCAAAGUGGACGUGUCUUUCUUCCCGUUCGACGGUCAGCAAUGCAGGUUCACCUACGGCUCCUGGACCUACAACGGAAAUCAGCUGGACAUCCUGAAUGCCAUGGACAGCGCUGACCUGGCCGACCUGGUGGAAAAUGUGGAGUGGGAGGUGCUCGGCAUGCCGGCUGAGAGGAACAUCAUCGUGUACGGCUGUUGUGCCGACCCAUACCCGGAUAUCACCUACACGCUGAAACUCCAGAGGAGAGCUUCCUUCUAUGUUUUCAACUUGCUCAUACCAUGCGUGAUGAUCUCUUUCUUGGCGCCGUUGGGCUUCUACCUGCCGGCAGAUUCUGGAGAGAAGGUUUCUUUGGGCGUCACUGUGAUGCUGGCCCUCACCGUCUUUCAGUUACUGGUUGCGGAGAUCAUGCCACCCUCUGAGAAUGUCCCACUUAUCGGGAAAUAUUACAUAGCAACCAUGACCAUGAUCACAGCUUCUACCGCUCUGACCAUAUUCAUCAUGAAUAUUCACCACUGCGGCCCAGAUGCCAAGCCUGUCCCCCAGUGGGCCAAAACGGUCAUCCUGCAGUACAUGGCCAGGAUAUGCUUUUGGGCGAAAACUGCAUGUCACCGCAGCCAGAGAAACAGGAGCCCCCCCCCCCCGAAAAACACCAACUGCGCCAUGAAUGGACAAGCGGGACAAGCCAGAGAGGACGGUUUCUUCAAAAUGGAAAGAGGACAGGAGACAGUGAGUUCCACCAUCACAGAGGAGAAAGAAGAAGUGGAUCCGAUGAAGAGUCCCUUGGGCUCAGUCGGGAGGAACCCGACCAAUCAGUACACCAGCUGGAGGCAUGGUGUGUUCAUGAGCAUGGAGUGUGGGGAUUCAGAAGCUUCAAAGAGAUGCAGAAAGGGAGGAGUGAGCGAUGGAGACGGAAAAGAUGCGGAGAUUUCAUUCAGCACUCAGAGCAAUGAAGGGCAGCUGCUGCUGCGAAACAUCGAGUACAUAGCCAACUGUUACAAAGACCAGAGGGCCACACAGAAAAGAACUGGGGAAUGGAAGAAGGUGGCCAAAGUUUUAGAUCGUUUCUUCAUGUGGAUAUUCUUCAUCAUGGUGUUUUUCAUGAGUCUUCUUAUUAUGGGCAAAGUCAUC